AGCAAGUUUCCUUCAGCAUGUCUCGUCACACUCAGUCGCCUUGCAUAAACGCAUCGCUUUCUAUCCGACAACCACAUCGCUAAUGAUGUAAGAUGUUGGAUGUAACCGUUGUAACCGACGUAACCGUCACCACACCGAGCCGAAACUCCCAACUCUCAAUUCUCAACGAAACGAAACAUUUAAUUUACUUGUUGCUUUCCGCUGCGCGCUGCACAAUAAACGCUAUUUGUAUACCAUCCACACGUAUCAAUAAAUUAAUAAUAAUAACAUUUGAUAUUUCUGUGUGUGUGUGUGAUUAUUGUUAUAGAGUUUACUCCAACGGCGUAAACAAAUAAACAAAUUCAGUUUUCUGAUUGUAACACGAACAAUAAUCACAACCUAACCUCGCAAUUCAUCAUCUGGUGCUUGUCAUUUGUUAUCGUUUUUGUUUAAACAAUCUAUCGAGUGAUAUUCACGGCGCUGGGUGGUAUUAUAUUGUGAUAAUUAUAGAUAAUUACUUAAUUGCCAACGGCGGAUAUUAUAUUCAACGAAAGUGAAACAUUCGUGCUGGGCGUUAAUUAGUUCAUGCAAUUUGCGGUGAUGGUGAUGAAUGCGUAGUAAAGUUAACAUUGGUUGGAUUAUUCAUCGAUGAAUAAUAUGAGGAUACCAACACGGCGAGCUCCUACGGUCGAGGAAGCUCGUCGAUCUCAAAACAAUAAAAAUCAAAAGAAAGUGCCGCCUCCACGUCCGCCACCACCAAAUUUCGGCCUGGCAAAGAGUAAAUCAGCAUGGAGUAUAACUCAGCCUGAUAAUACAGCCUCCCUGAUAGAAUGGAGUCCGCCAAACUCGCCGAAACCAGCUUAUUCGCACAAACAGUUCAACGGCAGCGUUUCGAGUUCAUUCAGCAGCAGUACAAGCAGCCUAGCUUCCAGUAAAAAGAGCUACGAGUUUGAAAACGCUAGUGAUUGGCUUCAGGUGUCAAAUAGUGCUUUUUACGCUAAAGUACAAGCACCACCGGUGCCUCGAAACGCGAAUAAUAAUCUUGGAAGCACAAAAAUCGGUCCUGGACCAACAAUAAUUCGGCCUGCACCGCCGAAAAAGAAAGCUUUAAGGCCUACAUCAUCUGCUUGCACAUCCAGAGAAGUAUCUCCAUUACCCGGGUAUUUUCAACCUGGAGGAUUAUCAACUCCAACUUCCAGUGUGACUGGUUUGAAUCUACAUCAAAAUUUGUUUGAUAAUUCACCACCUAUGCCUAAUAUACCUCCACCAAGUCCACCAAAAGAUGUUAAAGAUGUUGUUGUGCCCUUUGGCAUCGCUUUAUAUGACUACAACAGUGGACAAAGUGGAGAUUUACAAUUUUCGAUAAACGAUGUUAUUUACUUAACACGUAAAAUAAAUGACGAAUGGUUGAUGGGCCGCACAAUAGACGACCGUGAAGGAAUGUUUCCGAGUAAUUUCAUUGAUAUACAAGUGCCCCUCGAUGAAAAUUCAAAAGUUCGAGCGUUGUAUGAUUUCGAAACAAACAUCGCGGGUGAUUUGCGCUUUAAAACCGGCGAUAGCAUCACAGUAUGCAGGGUUAUCGAUGCCAGUUGGCUAGAGGGCGAGUGUAAUGGCAAACGUGGCCAGUUUCCAGCAAAUUUCGUCGAUAGAAUACCGAGUAAUUUAAAAUAACGCACAUAAGUAGAUUUUGGUACUUAUGAAUCAUUUUCUUUUGUAUAAAUUGUAAAUUGAAAUGAUAUCAUGUGAAAACUGUGAUCGAUAUUUAUGAACUUGCAAGAUAAUCUUACAUAUUUAAAGUGCCUUAGAGAAGAACCGUCCGGUUUACACAAAUUGAUGAAUGUGAUAAAUGUUACGCUAACUUUUAUUGUACACUUACUCUGCGCAACCGAAAUUCCAAAACGUUAACGAGAUUAAAUAAACUUAAUACUAUAACAUAA